AGCCAAUCAGCGCCUCCCCGGCGCGGCGCGGCGCGGCGCGGCGGGCGGAAGCGCGGCGCGGGCGGCCCCAUGGAGGGCCCCGACGGGGACCCCGCGGAGGGCCCCGACGAGGACUUCUACGAGCGCUUCGCGGCCGAGCUGGAGGUGCUGGCCGAGCUCGAAGAUCCUCCCUCGCCGCCCGCGGCCCCCCGGGUCUCCCAGUUCCGCAGCAGGAAGCAGGCGCUGGAGGAGGACGCGGCGCCCGGAGACACGACGGGCGGGGAAGGGGCUCGUCGCCCCCAGGCCGCCAACCGCAGGAAGCGGGAGCUGGGCAGCCCCCGGCGCCUGGCGGGGGACGAGGCGUCCCCGGGGGGGCCGCUGCCCCCGCCGCCCUCUGCGGCGCUCACUCCGAAGCCGAAGCGGCAGCGGCUGGAAGCCGUCAAGAAGCUGGACUUCGGCGCGGAUGAUGAGUCGCUUCCUGAUUUCCCCCAGGACGCCGUCGCCCUGCCGCCUUACCCGGCGGCGCCCGCUGCCCCGCAGAGUGCCAGGGGCCUGAUGUUCUCGAGCUCGGACCACCUGGGCAUGAGCGACAUGGUUCCUCUGCAAACCACGCCGCCCGCCGAGAAGAAUCCAAAACGAGUUCUCAAGCGCCCGCCCGUCCUGGAGGACUACGUCAACGUGACGUCCACCGAGGGCACCAGGGUCUUUCUGGUUCUGAAGGAAGAUUGCUGCAGGACAGGGGUGGAGCUCCCCGACUCCCUGGGCUGGAACACGCACAGGCCGCUUUACUUGCUGGGGGUACCUUUCUCCUACCUGAAGGAACAAGUGAACGAAGAGCGUCGCAGGCAUGUUCUGGAGGCCUCGCAGCAGCUCACGGAGAUCAUUAACAGCUGCCUGGAGAGCCAGGCCAGCGAUGAGACCCCGAAGCCUAGCGAGGAUGCGGAGAUGGCAGACGACGAGGAGGAGUCUGCCUUGCAUUGCCUCUGGGUGGAUAGGUUUACUCCCCGGCGCUACACCGAGUUGCUCAGUGAUGAUUACACAAACCGCUGCCUUCUGAAGUGGCUCAAGCUCUGGGACACGGUGGUGUUCGGCAAGGAGAAACCCGUGAAGAAAGCGAAGCCCAGCGCUGAGGCUCAUCCUCCGCUCAAACAGCCCAAGGAGCAGCAGAAUAAGUGGAAAAGUAAGGCCCAGCUCACAGAGGAGAUUCUGGAGGCUGAGCUUGACCAGCACAAGAGACCCAAGUACAAGGCAGCACUGCUCUGCGGGCCGCCCGGCCUGGGAAAGACCACGCUGGCCCACGUCAUCGCGAAGCACGCGGGGUACAACGCGGUCGAAAUGAACGCCAGCGAUGACCGCAGCCCGGAGGCUUUCAAAACCCGCAUCGAAGCUGCCACGCAGAUGAAGUCCGUGCUGGGCGCCCACGAGAAGCCCAACUGCCUGAUCAUCGACGAGAUCGACGGCGCGCCCACUGCGUCCAUCAAUGUGCUGCUAAAUAUCAUCAACCGUAAGGACGUGGAGACUGAGGCAGUGCCUGGCGCGGGCCGGAGGAGGAGGAGGGAAGGCGGCCUGCUGCUCAGACCCAUCAUCUGCAUCUGCAACGACCAGUACGUCCCGUCUCUCAGGCAGCUGCGGCAGCAGUCGUUCCUGCUGCACUUCCCGCAGACGGCCCCGUCCCGGCUGGCCCAGCGGCUCUCGGAGAUCGCCCUCAGGCAGGGCAUGAAGGCGGACACGGGAGCGCUCCUGGCCCUGUGCGAGAAGACGGAGAACGACAUCCGCUCGUGCAUAAACACUUUGCAGUUCCUGCACGGCCGAGGCCAGAAGGAGCUGAGCAUGCAGAUGGUGCAGACGAUGAAGAUAGGCUUGAAGGACCAAAACAAGGGGCUCUUCUCCAUUUGGCAAGAGAUUUUCCAGCUCCCAAAGGUUCAGAGGCACAGGAUAGGAGUGGACCCCGCUUUGCCGAACCAGCUCCUCGGGGGCGACGACGGCCUGCUGCACCUCGGGGCGAAGGCCGGCUUCAACACGGCCGCGCACAGGUUCCACCGCAUCCUCCACCUCGCCGUCACCGCGGGGGAGCAGGAGAAGCUCGCCCAGGGCCUGUACGACAACUUCCUCAACAUGAAGCUGAGGGACUCUGGUUUCGGCUCGGUGUGCCUGGCCCUGGAGUGGCUGGGCUUCUCCGACGUGCUCGGCAGGGCCGUGCUGCGCGGGCAGAGCUUCCAGCUGAUGCGGUACCUGCCCUUCCUGCCCGUGGCUUUCCACCUCCUCUUCGCGGCCUCCAGCGUCCCCCGGCUGGCGUAUCCCCACAGCCAGCACGAGGCCCUGGCCAAGCUGAACCACAUGCAGAACCUGGUCGUGUCCAUGGUCUCGGGGAUAACGCCCGGCGCCCGGAGCCGUGCCGGGCAGCAGGCUCUCGUCUUGGAGGUGCUCUGUUUGCUCUUGGAUAUCAUCGCCCCGAAGCUCCGACCGGUGAACAUGCAGCUGUACAGCCUCAAGGAGAAGCAGCAGCUCGCCGACCUCAUCGGCACCAUGCUGGCCUACAACCUCACCUACCAUCAGGAGCGCACGCCCGAGGGCCAGUACGUCUACAAGCUCGACCCGAACGUGGAGGACGUCUGCAGGUUCCCCGACCUCCCGGCUCGGCGGCAGCUCACCUACCAGGCCAAGCAGCUCAUCGCCAGGGAAAUCGAGCUGGAAAAGAUGCGGAGGAUGGAGGCUUUGCUCCAGGCGCGAAACCUCGGCGAGGAGCCCGGGCCGGGCCUCGGCGAAGCGGGGGCGAAGGGGGCCGCGAAGCCCGGGGCGCCCCAGGCCGCUCUGCGCAACCACGAGCAGCGCCUGGAGCACAUCGUGCGGACCGCCGCCGCCGCGGGCGAGAAGCCUGAGACCGACUUCUUUGGGCGCCCGCUCGUCAGGAAGGCGGCAGCCCCGGCGCCGGCCUCGCAGCCCGCCGCCGAGGACCCCGUGGAGAAGCAGCUGGGGAAGGCCGUGGGCAGGAGCGACGUCUGGUUCCGAUUCAACGAAGGCGUUUCCAACGCCGUGCGGAGGAACCUCUACGUUCGGGACCUGCUCUAGCGGGAAAGGGGGGAAAGCGAAGAAACAGCGCGUGCAGAACGGAAAGGCAAAGCUGACUUUUAGCUUUCUCACAACAGACGUGGGGUGUGAGGAUGCUCCUGAUUAUUUUUUUUUCUUUUGUACUCAGCUCUUUUGUAAAAAUAAAUGAUAAAAUAGAAAAAUAAAAAUAAAUAAAACACGAA